AGUUGGAGCGAUUCUAUUUGUGUUGGGGAGGCGCAUUCGCUUCCAAGAAGCAACGAAACGCAUUUAUUCCAGAAUUCUGUGGACAGCAGAGAAGUGUCUGCAACGGCAGCCGCGGAGGACGUUUUUCUGUCGUGUGAUUUUGCUGGCUGGUGAAUGUAUUUGGUGUAGAUACAAAGAGAGCUCUCAUGUUGGCUGCUUCUGGUAGUGCAAAAAAGUGCUGGUACGCGGAACACUCCUCAGCCAGAACAUGGUGCAUGGUUCGUGGUUUUUGAAAGAUCGGAAGGUUUGCACGGGCGACAAUUUAUUGUUAAAGCCAUUUCUAGAAAUUUGGCUCGAUUCCCAUUAAAGACGCAAAAGGAUCUCUGUGAAAUAACUCGUAGGCAACCAAAAAAGGCAGCUUUUGUUAUGGUACUGUGUGUGUUAUUUUUCGGAAGGUGGAAUAUGGUGCAUAUUGUUUGAUGUCUGAGGACCAAACCUAAACAGGUCUAAAUCGAUUAGGAAAUUGAAGUUGUUAUUCUGUGUUCAUCAUUGUUUCGCGAGUCGAAGCGAAGGAAUCCUAUUUUUACUCUUUCCCGAACUGAUUUCACACCUCAUUAGGAGAGUUGAUUAGGAAGUAGUGGAAGCGAAUUUUUACGAUCGAUUCGGGACAUCUGAGAGGGAAGCGUAUUCUAAAUUUAGUAAAACCGAUGAUGGUGUGAAUGUGUUAUUUCGUAAUUCCACCGUCAAAGUGCACCCAUCGAUAAAUAUGUGAAAGGAUUAGUGGUCUCAUUAAUCCACAGCAUGAAAUUCGGCAGCGGCAAACAAGGAAAAUAAGUCAGUCAAGGCUUUAUCGAUAGGCCUCCCCGUACAUACAGUGGUCGAUAUCGAACGAAAGCGAAAUUCUCUUUCGAAGGUCAACCAGAGUCAGAAAAAUGGAAUCGGACGUUCCCUAACGGUGCAAGUGCGAGCUACAAACCCACCAUCGGAAUGAAGCCAUGGAAUAGUUAAAAUUCUAGGAAUCGAUUUACUGCUUACAAUACGGCUCCAAGACACCCGCUACACGGGAUCGAUGCUUUUCAAUUUGGGCAGGAAGUGUCUAUUUUAUGCAUUGGACGUGUGAAGAAGAAAUCAGUUCUGGUGAUUUAUGUGCUGCUCGUAUGCUUGUAUGUUGAGGCGUAUUGCGUAGUAAAAGUGGGGGAAGGGGUCGGCUAAGAGCUAGUGCGUUUAUUGAAUAAUGAAACAAAAGAUAGGAUUAACGCGACCAAACCUGGCUGUACCCAGAAAGUGGUAACCGAAACAUAUCUUCGGAGCAUAUUCCCGGAAUACUCUUAAAAAUAAUAAAACAAGAUUAGAGACCAAAAAACCAAACACAACCUCGGGUGGGUGAUUGAAGAGUGGCAACAGCAGUGAUGAAAAAAGUAAUGAUACCGUCGUUGGAUAUGAAAAAGAGUGUCUCCGUUAAAGUAGAUAGUGAUCUCACGUUACUACUAUCGAGCGGAGUGUACGAAAUCAAGAAGAUGGAGCCCCGCCGGAGGCUCCGCCCCAUCGUGAUCAUCUGCCUGUUUCUGACCCUGGCCGGCAUCAUUGGGUUCGGCUACUUUUGUCCGGAUCAGGUCUGUGCUCUCUCCCGGCGCGAAGUCAUCACCAACCAGGACCUGCUGAAUGGUCCCUUCGAACAUGACAAUCUCGGCAAACCGGUUCAGCAAAAUUUGCUGGCCAAUCCGGGCCUCAGCUACGAGGAAGUGCUCAACGACGACUUCCAAUUCGACAUGAACGCACACGACGUGAUGGUGUUCCUGCACAUCCAGAAAACGGGCGGAACAUCCUUCGGCAAGCACCUGGUACGGGAUCUUGAUUUGAAGCGCCCAUGCACCUGUCAGCGGAAAAAGAAACGGUGCUACUGCUUCCGCCCGCACCGGAACGAGAAUUGGCUCUUUUCACGCUACUCGACCGGAUGGAAAUGUGGCCUCCACGCCGAUUGGACCGAACUGACUGGCUGCGUCGAUCAGGAGCUGGACAAAAACGAGGGCGAAACUGCCAAGCGGCGGUAUUUCUACAUCACGCUGCUCCGGGAACCGAUUGCACGCUAUCUGUCCGAGUUCCGGCACGUUCAGCGAGGGGCCACCUGGAAGAACUCCCGGCACUGGUGUCUAGGUCGGACGGCCACAGCAGAAGAACUGCCGCCUUGCUACAAUGGUGACAACUGGAAUGGCGUUCCGCUGGACGAGUUCGCCGGGUGCGAAAGUAAUCUGGCAGCCAACCGCCAAACCCGGAUGCUGGCCGAUCUGGCGCUGGUUGGCUGCUACAACAAAACCUACAUGCCGUCGGCCGAACGGGACCGGAUCAUGCUGGCCAGUGCCAAACGGAAUCUGGCGGCCAUGUCCUACUUCGGUCUGACCGAGCACCAAAAGAUCUCCCAGUACAUCUUCGAGGAAACGUUCAACCUCCGGUUUGCGAUUCCGUUCGAGCAGCACAACAACACCGUGUCGACGAGCACCAUGAACAACCUGACGGCCGCCCAGCGAGCCCGGAUCGAUAAGCUCAAUGCCCUGGACAUUGAGCUUUAUGCAUUUGCGAAGAAGUUAAUGUUCCAAAGAUUUGAAAGACUCAAAGCCAAAGAUAACGAUUUUACCGUAAGAUUCGCGCAUUUAGGAAACAUAGGGGUAAGAAACGGUGUGACCGAAUUCAACUGGGACAGCAACAUAGACGAGGCACCGAGCAGCAGUGAAAAUCACUGAUACAGAGGUGUUGUCGUUAAGAAGGCGCACAACCACAACAACAACCCCCACCAAGCAUCAUCGCUGUACAAAAUAAUCCCAACUCAACUAUCGCCGCUAACGCCAUCUUCCGCCGGUGGGGGGAAGGAUAAUAAUCAUCCACCAAAGUCAUCAAUGUUCUUAUUGCCAUCGCGUAGUCCUUCUUCCGGGGCUCUUCCGGUUGUUCUGCCUCCAUCUACUUCCGCUACUAGCGUCGUUAUUAAUGGUGAAAAACGACAGGUUAAUAAUCUUUUCUCUCACAUUGCUGCUAACGUUGUACCCGCCGGAAGUCGUCACCAGCUGGCAGCUCUUACUAGUUUUAUUGACCCGUCUAACGUCUAUUACUCUGCUGACCUGAAGUUCCGUUACAACAACAACAACA